CGAGUUUGAUUCGCUCGUUUGAAACGUUAGUAAGGCAUUGCUUUAAUAAUAUAUUUACCGUUACCAUCAGUCAGUAGUUUGACUCUGAGCAUUGUAGUUGUAACGCUGUCAAAACCAGACUAGGAUAUGGUAGCUGCUAGCGGAGAAGCGCUUUUAGGCUGCUUACUGCUGCUGUUCAGUUCACAGUAUUAUAGUAAUAAUAAUAAUCAAUAAUAUUGCUUUAAAUAGCACUUUUUCACACGCUCGCACUCAAAGCGCUUUACAGUGAAACUCCUCCACCACCACCAAAGUGUGUCACCCACCUGGGUGAUGCACGGCAGACAUUCUGGGCUGGAACGCUCUCUUUUCUCCCUCUUCGCCUCAGCUGAUGUGAACAGUUUUUAAGCAAAUGAAACUCUGGUGCAGACGGACGCGCAGCAAGUGGCCAGCGACAAGUUUGUCUUCAACCUGCCCGACUAUGAGAAUGUUAACCACGUGGUGGUGUUCAUGCUCGGCACCGUGCCGUUCCCCGCCGGAAUGGGGGGCGCCGUGUACUUCUCCUUCCCAGACGCCUCUGUGGGACAGGUGUGGCAGCUGCUCGGGUUCAUUACCAACGAGAAGCCCAGCGCGAUCUUCAAGAUCUCGGGACUGAAAGCCGGUGUUGGCGGGGAGCACCCGUUUGGGAUGAUGGUGCCCCAGGCGGCCUUGAUGGCACAAGUGGGCGUGUCCAUCGAGGCUCUGGACCAGCUGGCACAGCAGAUGCCCGUGUGCAAUGCCAACGUGUCCACCGUCGAUUCCUUCACACAGUUCACUCAGAAGAUGCUGGACAGCCUGUAUAAUUACUCCUCAUCCUACGCUGUGACGCAGGCACAGAUGAGCCCCAACCCCACAGAGACCUUCAUCCCAGCCAGCUCCAUCCUACGCUGGUAUGAGAAUUUCCAGAGGAGGAUGGCACAGAACCCUGGGUUCUGGAAGACGUGAACCUGCAGCUUUUAGAACCGGAGACUGAAGUACGGCCUCCUCCUGCCAAAGGGUGCCACUGCUGUGGAACCAACCGCCUGUCGACCUGCCGGAAGAGCCCAGUGCUCUACCCUCUGCCCCAAAAACUUUCACACUGAAGAGCCCAGUGUUCUACCCUCUGCCCCAAAAACUUUCACACUGAAGAGCCCAGUGCUCUACCCUCUGCCCCAAAAACUUUCACACUGAAGAGCCCAGUGCUCUACCCUCUGCCCCACAAACUUUCACACUGAAGAGCCAAGUGCUCUACCCUCUGCCCCACAAACUUUCACACGGAAGAGCCCAGUGCUCUACCCUCUUCCCCAAAAACUUUCACACUGAAGAGCCCAGUGCUCUACCCUCUGCCCCACAAACUUUCACACUGAAGAGCCAAGUCCUCUACCCUCUGCCCCACAAACUUUCACACUGAAGAGUCAAGUUCUCUACCC